AUGAAACUGGAAAAACAUUCACUUCUUGAUAAGGGCAAAAUUCGUUUUCAUCAAAGUUUGACAACAAAUCAUUUUCGUUCAACACCGUUAUUAUCUAUUAUCGUCGUUGAACCUGUAAACACUUCAGUAGUUUUUUCGCUUGAUCAAAAUUGGACUUCUCAGAAAGUUAAACCAAAUGUACGAUUCAACGAUAAACAAAAAAAAUUUCUUCAAGAAAAAUUCGAUGAAGGCAUCAAAACAGGAAUGAAAUGGGAUUCAGCAAGAGUUUCGUUAGAUAUGGAAAUGUUGACAAGUAAUGGCGGUUAUGUUUUUAAUAGUGAUGAAUGCCUGACACAAGGACAGAUUAAAAGUUAUUUUUCCCGUUUGUCUCUUAAACAACAAUCAACCGAACCAAUUGUCGGUCAGCAAACAGCAUCAAUUAUAGCAUCAUUUUCAUUAUCAUUCACAGGUUCAACAGAUACAAAAAAUAUAAAAUCAAAUGAUAUGUCGAACAUAGAUGAAUCUGAUGACAGUGAACAAAUAUAUGAUCGUGAAUUAGAAGUUUACUUAUGGCGUCAUGUGCUUGAUGGAACACGAAAUAUUCUUGAUGGUUUAUCGAUUUCUUUUGCUUCGUCUCCACUUUCUCCAACAUCUGAUUCUGCAUCAAUUGCAAACGAUUCAUCAAAAAUAAAGUCAGCAAUGGAUAAUUAA